GUACGAAGGAGGGAAGAAUAAGACACAAGUGGUUGUCAAUUUCUAUCCCUUCUUUACCAGAUGGUCACUCUACAAGACUAUAGCUGCACGUUUGUCGGAAACGAAGAGAUCAGAGAAGAGCGCACGCGUAGCAUGGGAUGAUUUGAUCAACUCAUGACAGGUGGCGCGGAAAAAUACGAGUCAGCGACCGUAGAGAUGUUCAAGCCGUUUUCUUGCCUAUUUUCUCUUAACUAUACUAUUUCGAUAACCUUUUAAUAUGGUGAUACAGAUGACGUCAGAACAGCUACUACCUGGUUUGCCUUCCUACGCUUCAAAAACUCGUGAAUGCCCCGAGUCUUUGCACAAUUAUGUUUGGAGCCGGACGACUAAAGACAAAAUUGCCGUCGGCCUGAUGUGGUGAGUGCACGCACGUGCGAAUUCUUCGGCAAUCUUACCAGCCCUUACCAGCCCUUCAUGAAUUCCAUCUCGGUGUUUUGACAAGCUCUCGCAGAACAGAGCAAUUUACCGACUUAAUGCUAAAAGCCGACUGCUACAGAUUUCCAGUGUGAAUAUUUUGGAUCACAGACCAAACUGACAAGGAAAGACUCCACACUUUACGGAACUGAACUUAGUCGAGUACCCUCCUGCCAGAAUCACAUUAAAAGUUGUUACCAAGAAUUUCUGUUUCUUAAACUCGAAGUAACCGUGUAUGCAAACUUCUGCUGACGGGUCAAAAUGUGUCGAUGGACGGUAUGCCUCACCUUGCUAGCACUGCUAGAAUGUAUCCACCCAGGUUGUCCGCAUCCAAGGAACUGUCCUGGAUCAGCUCCAGAUGAAGAUGCAUACGCCAUGCUGCUUAAGACCUUGCUGAAUGAUUCAACCUAUCCCGAGCAUACCAGACCCACUAAGGACCGAACUAAACCUACGAAGGUGCAGUUUGGAAUGGAGCUGAAUGCCAUCAUUGAUCUGAAUGAGCCGAAACAACUCUUGAAGACUCAAAUCACUCUUAUUUUAAAUUGGAUUGAUGAAUAUCUAAUCUGGAAGGAAAGCGAUUAUGGGAUCCCGGAAAUAAGAAUACCGUCUUCAAAGGUGUGGCUUCCUGACGUCACACUACGUAACAGUGCGGACAGCGUCAACUUCAUGUUAGAGGAUCGUUUAGUUCGAGUUAAGCCUAACGGAGAGACAGAAUGGCGAGCCUUCAUUGUCAUCACCAGCUUCUGUAAGAUCAACUUCGCUUUCUUCCCUUACGAUGAGCAAAGCUGUCAGCUCAAAUUCCGCGCCUGGACCUACCCGAAGGAACAAGUAGUCUUCGAGCCGGGGAAGGAAUUUCAUGCCAACGACACGGAAGAACACGGUGAGUGGAAGAUCAUGGAAAUGAAAGGCUCUGUGGAGGAAUUCUCUGAGGAUCACGGCAAUUUUAGCGAUUUCAUCGUUAGCAUCGCAUUAAUCAGACGACCCCAGUUCUAUGUAAUGAACAUCAUCGUGCCGUGCUUGAUCAUUUAUUGCCUGACCCUAUUCAGCUUUUGCCUGCCCUGUGACUCUGGCGAGAAGAUCGGUCUUGGUAUCACAAUUCUCUUAUCUCUGACUGUGUUUAUGCUCAUCUCAGCCGAUAUGAUGCCGCCCACAUCAGACAAUUUUCCUCUUAUUGGUCAGUUCUACACAGCUACAAUGGUGUUAGUAGCUGCCUCGGUGGGCAUGUCAGUCAUGGUACUUAACUUCAACCACCGACCGCCAGGGGCUCGUCGGGCGCCGAAAUGGAUGCGUCACCUACUCCUCCAAUCUCGAUGUUCACGGCUCGUAUCUCUAAAUGGAGUACAGUCCUUCGAUAACUUAAUACGUGAUGCGAUCAGCCAAAGAGCCAGGGGACAGCCAGGAGAGGUGACCUACACGCUGUCUCCCUCCGCUAAAACAACCAAGUCCAGCUGUCUCUCUGAAGAUUACUCCGCUAGCGACCCCCUCCCCGAGAUAGGCGCUAGCAUGUUGCGCUACCCGUCCAGUCCUAAGCUCGGCCGGCCGGUAGGCUGCGAUCGCCCCAAAGAAGCUGAAACCUGUGUGAGCGACAAAAACAAGAACAAGCAGACCACACUAGACAUUGUGUCCCCGGUAGGGGCGCCGAGGCAAGAUAGCGAGGCCCGUGACACGUCGCCUCUCGAGCGGCUGCUCACCAACAUCUCGGGAGAUCUGAGAAAGUUGGUGGAACACAAGGAGGAAGAAAAAGAAGAUGAGGCUAUCGUUGAUGAGUGGAAGUUGCUGGCUAAGGCGGUGGACAGAAUCUUCCUCUUCACAUUUGUGGGAUCGUCUAUAAUUCUUUCCGUCGUCUUGGGUUCAGAAAUGAUGAGGAGAAAAGAACUAACCGCAGAGUAGCAUUGGAGGAGAAAAUAAGAUUUCCAUCGCAAUUGUCCAACCUUAAAAUCUGUGCAGGCAUCUUUCACUUUGCUUUUGCUUGCUUAUAUCAUAAUCUUUAUUUUAAAAAAAUCCUCCUGACAGUUUAUAAAUAACGAAUCUGUUUUCAUUCUCCAAGCAAACUGCCAGUGAUUCCCUUACAACUCUGUUGUCCACAUUUGAGACAUAUUUUAGUCUGAAUAAAAAAGUGAUUCUUAUCCAUAUAUGGAUAAAUGCAAUAAGUUUUUCUUCAAAAACCUGUGGCUGAUGUAUGAAGGAUAAAUAAAAACUAAGAUAGUUACUCAAAAUUACAAAUUCUAUUCUAUGUGCAUGUACUAUGUAACACAAUAUAUCUGUAUAAGUUCUGAUCAAUAUUUCAUCCAAAAUAGUGCCAGUGAUAGUUUACAAGUGGGUUUGGUCACGUGAUUAAACUAUCAAUUACAUCAUGCCAAUCCUACUGUUUCUAUUUUGGCUAAACAAGUACAGAGAAAAAUGAAAGGAAAGAUUUUUCUGUGGGUCUCUUGGUUCUUUUGUUGAAUAUGCCAAAAUAUUUCGUGCUGUUACUGGGCUUUCAACGCUGUUGCAGUUAUGAAUUCAUUGGAGAAUGCUAGAAUGUUUGGAACAAAAAGGUUUUUGUAGGAUCAAGUGUGAAAAAGUGCAUACAAUUUUGAAUGUAAUUUGGCACGAAGUUGGACAGAUUUUCGAAAAACGAUGCCCUGUUUUACAAUGUUGAAACAUUUCUUGAAUGGAAAUGUUUAAAAAAGAAGAACAGGCAAAUGAGUAAACGAUCUGUAUUGAAAUGUCAUGACAAUCAUACUACUUGAGGUUAACUUUUGAAAAUCCUGCUUAUAUAGUUACAUCGUGAAUAUACAUUUAAUGUAUUCAUAGAACUCUUUAGGAGUUGGUUUAAAGUAGUUCUAUAUAUACCUUGCAUUUGUAGCAGUCAAAGAAAAUACUAUGGGAAAUAGCUUUAUAAUAAUCAUUUACAAACUGUGCAAUACAUUAUAAUAUCAACUUGGUACUGUGAUCAUAGUGAGAAAAAUAUAGCUUGAUUUUAUCCACAUUGAAGCCUUCCUGUCUUGUAUUUGACAUAACGCUGGUUCACAAGAAGCCGUCGGCGUUUGUGAUUAGUACAUGUAUAUUAUGCACGUAUUUUUCUCUUGUGUAUAAAAUCUAUACUUUGUUGUUGGAAAAGUACCUUUCGUAGCAUUUUACGACACAGCUUGACUUGGACAAAGGAUCUGACGCAUCGCGUGUGUUCAAUGGCUCUGGACAAAAGAAUGGAACAGCGCCCUCUCUCUUGUACUAAAUUUGUCUUUAUUACGAACGGGCACGACGGUAUCCGUGUUGUCAUUGACCGGCUCACCAAGUGUCUGAGAACCGAGGACAAGGGACCCUCUCAAAUCCCUCUUUUUUCUUUCAACAUUUAGACAAAUAUAAUUUUAACCUCAGAUUCUGAGUGUUGUUCUCUUGAAACUGUCCAUGCAGUUCUCAAAUUGACUAACAAGCCUUGGAUUUGGGGUUUUCGUUUUACUUUUCUUUAUUGGGAUGUUUGUUUGUCGGGGUGUUUGUUGGGGUGUUUCUUUGUUUGUUUUGCCAAGGCUCUCCUGAAAAGAGGGCAUUGUAAAGGUGGCCGUUCCAAAUUCCGCAGAAAUUCACUUACUUUGGUGAGAGAGGGCUAGGAGUGUCUUGUAGCAUUCAUUUUAGACACUCUAUUCAUAUUCAGACAAUGAGACCAGUAAAGCACGUGGACUUUAACCUCUGGUGGUUAACCAAAAUGGUCAACUGCAGCCCACGCGUCUGCUAACUUACAUUAUUACACAAACUCUGGUUUGGUAUAAACAAUAGAAACAUUUUAGACACAGAGGAAAAUUUGCUACAUGUAGGCCUAGUGGUAUUUAAACUUUAAAAGCUUCUGAAAUCGAGGUGUGAUGUACUAAUGAGACAAGAUAACAAUGUGUUAUGGAAUUUAUCGUUGUAUCACCUGUUGGUUUCUUGUAGUUCUUUUCUACAUCCGUGAAGUUAAUUAUGGAGUUGUGUAUAAUUUCAACGUUUUAGUUCAAUUCAAUUAAGAGAUCGGGUUAUGGAAAACCUGUCGCUUUUAUUAAAGUAGAACUCUAGAGAAUAUGGAGAUGAUG